AUGUUCCUGCCGGCUCUUAUUCUGGCUCUAAGCUACACUGUGACGCAGGACCAGCGCGGAGCCAAGGUCAGCUACAUGUUUGUUACCAUGCCCGCCCAGAUGAUGCCGUAUGCCAUGCUUGCCAUCAACCUCCUGUUCCCUGGCGGCGUUCAGAACAUGAUACUCCAGUUUCAUGGCCUGUUUGCCGGUCAUCUCUUUGACUUUCUGUCAAGGACGUGGCCGCAGUACGGCGGUGGGAGAAACCUCAUUCCCACACCUGCCAUCCUCUCCAGGAUUGUGCAGUCGACCGAGUCGUUAUUUCAGACGGGCGUUGGAGGUACUGCCCGACCUGCUGGCAGGACUCUUGGCGGAGGCACUGGCGCCAAUACUUCAAGUGGACCGUUGCCCGACUCUUGGCGAACGCGUGGUCCAGGGCAGCGACUGGGGUAG